UGUGUUGUUAUUUCGAUUAAAUUCGCAAGGGGGCAGCGUUGAUCCGACGUAGAAUUGCAACGAAGACUCCAGAGUGUUAUUACAGAAGAAACAUGUGAAUAUAACUUUAAAGUGAGUUUGAAUAUUAUGCAGCAUCGCCCCACACCAUGCACAGGAUGUCAGGUCUUGUGGGGUUCAGUUCUUCUUCCUUAGACUCACUCGGACCACCGCAGGCCCCGCUCCACUUGUCCCAGUGUUAAUCCAUCCUAAAUGAAAGCUGAGGUUGCUGUGUUGUAAACUUGCAGGCAUGUUUCCGCAUUCUUUGAGGAAGUUCGUCCUUGAUCAUCACGGAAGGAAAGUUUCUCCAGGCUACGGUCCCGAAGUGAAAGAGACUGUGUUUUCUUUACCUUAAGGCUUCAUGGUUCAGGUAUGACCGCGAUACGUUCACGUUAGUGAACCUGUAGGUUGCGUCGAUAAUUGCGCGCUCGCUGCUGGCAGCUCCUCAGCUCUGACAAUGAGUGAUCGGAGAAGAAAAGCUUCCAGAACAAUCCUUCAGCUGGGGUGCCAGCUUCUGUGGGUGGUGGGGUUGGUGGUGGGCCUGAGUGGAGUCUACCUGCUGAUGAACUACAGACAAAGCAGCUUAUUUUUCUCUCAUAACUACAUCACCGUGCCAGCUUUUUUUGCUCUCACCAGCGCUGUGUUCCUCGUGGUCAGCGGGGGUCUCGGCACCUGGCUGAGCUUCAGGGAUUGCAGAUUUCUGCAGGGACUGUUUGUUUAUCUGCUAAUUGUGGUCUUUUGUCUGGAAUGCACGGCUUCAGUACUGGCUUAUUUUUAUUCCACAAAGCUGGAUUCAGAGAUGGCUCCUCUCAGUGGAAUCUUUCAGAAUUACACAGGCAGCAGCCAAGACCCCAACUCUCGAGCUGUGGAUGCUACACAAGAAGAGUGGCAGUGUUGUGGUGUCCAUGACUUCAGGGACUGGCUGGAAAACCCCUGGUUUAACCAUACAGGAGGACUCUCGGUUCCUCGCAGCUGCUGUAACACUACGUUCCCUUCCUGCAAUGGCACUGUGGACCAGCCAUGGCUGCUUUACGCACAGGGCUGCCAGGUGAAACUGGAGAUGGUCUUCCAGUUUGUGCUGAAUUUUAUCAUCUGGGGCAGCCUGGUAGUUUUUCCGUUAGAGGUUAUUUUGCUGAUGACGAUGGCACAGCUGAUGAGGGACGUAGGAUUAAUGGCAUAUCGAGUACUGGACACAAAGUAAAGACACUGUGGCAGAUGGGAACAGAAUUGUCCAGAUAUGAUAAUACUACAAAGUAAGUCAUAUCAGUCCUGUAAAUAUGCAUCAAAUUAUACCAAGAUUGUUGUUAAUUAUUCCUGUGCUGCAGACGUCUUACCUGCCUUACUCCUGCUGAUUUAUACAGACUUACUCCAGUACACUACAAAACAUCUGCUGUAGAGUUGGUGAAAGCGAUUAAUUAUUGAUAUUUCAGAUCCCAGAGAAAAAUCAAGCUAGUUUCCAGGAGCUGUUUAUUGCUUUAAAUGUGCUGCUGCACCAUCCAAUCUAUAUUUUUUUUAAACUGAACGAUGUCACAUGCUAUUGCUGAGUGGUAAUAAAAAGGGCCAUUCUUAGUGAUGUAUCACACCUUCUGUUUAGUUUAAGUUACAGGACUUGCCUACCUGUGCCUGGAUAUCUUUCAUAGCCUCCAGUGUAGCUCUGUUAAACAAAUCAUGAUAUGUAAUGUCUGCAUAGGUUCACAUAGUGUUGUCCUCCGUGUUAUUGUAUGAAGAGCACUUUUUUUUCUUUUUUUUUUUUACUGUCUGUGUUUAAUUUGUCAGAAACUGCCAAACAUUACAGAAUUACUUCCUGAAAAGGCAAUAAAUUAAACCCACACUAAACUUAAUGUGCUGGCACUGUUCUGCCGAUUAUACUUGUGUUGCAUAAGUCAUGGUCUGAAUAAUUGUCCCUUGUAUUUACUACAUACUUGUUCUGUAUAUCCACUUACUGCAUUGUACCUAAAACUAAAGUUUCUGUCUCUGUAGGUAUUACAUUGUGGCAAGUUUGUGUACUGUUGGUAUAUUACACUGUACCUGAACCUGUCCUCAACACAGUGAUUAACCAACAUCUUCUGGACAGAUGAUUAAAGUACUAAUGAUAAUUGCAAAAUCAAUCAUAUUUUACAUGAAACAUUUUUAUCCUUCUGAUCUUAUUAAAAUACAGUAUAUGGAGAAUUAUUGUAAUGGUUUUAUAUACAUUUAUUUCUCUUUUUUUUGGUGAUCAAUUUGUAAGCAGUUGUCAUAGUUCAAAGCAUAUCUGAUGUGUCUGUUGAUCCACGGUUAACUCAGAUUAAUCAAUGUUAAUAUCUCCAAUAAAAUGCUUAUAGAGCUGA